UGAAACAUCCAACGGCGCCUCUAUACCCCAUCAGCGCGAGACUAAGUUAACUCUAGUUCUAUGCAAUCGAGUUGUAUACAUUUUUAAGACAUUGUCGGGUUGGUUUAUAUAGGCUACACCGAGUGCGAUAGUCGAUAAACUGAGAUAGUUGCGUUUUCCUUGGUCAUCUAAACGAACAGCAGGUGUGAAUUAAUGUCUGUAUAUUAUCCUCAAGUGUAUUGCCCUGUGUUUGUGACCUGCGGAGACAUGACUGAGGUGAUGAUAACCAGCAGCCCUAUGGAGGACAUCCGCCUGAGUCCCAGCAAAGACAGGCACUCCUACCAGAUCUUUCCGGAUCCUUCCGACUUUGAGCGCUGCUGCAAGCUGAAGGACAGGCUGCCCUCCAUCGUGGUGGAGCCCACGGACGGGGAGGUGGAGAGCGGAGAGCUGCGCUGGCCGCCCGAGGAGUUCCUGGUCAGCGAGGAGGAAGAGGAGGAGGAAGAGGAAGAUGGCAAGCACGAAGCUGGACAGCCUCUUCAGAACUCUCAGCACUGAGAAUGGCAUAAGCACACACACACACACACUCACUCACACACACACUCACUCACUCACUCACUCACUCAAACAAUCAGGAGCACACACAGUCACAGCUGCCUAUCGGCAACUGGAGACACACAUGGCAUCAGUACUGACAUUGACAAGCCGGCAGAGUGUGGACUCUGG